GCCCAGCGUACUUCCCGUACGGCGAGUUCGCCAAGCAGAGGACAAUGCAGCAGUACGAGCGGCACUUGGACGGGCUGCGAAUCAGCUACGCAGCUCACACACACAAGACCGGCAGCGGCACCUCGGACUCGGACUGCCAGAACCACAUCAAGAUCGACACCACCACCGCCAGCCAGCACAGCGAGGACAUCGGCAGCGCCCACCACAAGCUGCACCUCUACGCCUACACG